AACCACGCAGACCGAUAUGAAAAAGAGCGGUAUCAAGUUAUAGAGGCACUCUUGGCUAUAAAAGGCUGUUCUUUUGGUCUUCUUAACCAUCAAGUCAGCCAACAUCCUCUCUCAUAACAACAAAACAGGCACAACGAUUAUAACAAAAAUAUAGCACUUGUAUAACUUGCUAUCAUCAUGACUGGGAUCUCCGAUACUUUCCACUCUGCUGUCGGUAGUGCCAAGAAAGGACUAGGCAAGGCUGUUGGCAGUGAACAGCUUAUCGCUGAAGGUGCCGCUGAGAAGGCCAAGGCUGAGACUCGUGCUGCUACUGGCUCUGCUCAGCAGCAGGCACAGGGGGGUGUCUCUGAUGGUAUCGCUGGCAGAGCAAAGUCGCCUGUCGAUGCCGCUACUGGCAGUACUGCCGCAGAGGCUCAGUGUCAUAUGCAAGAGACAGCCGGCGAUGUUCGCAGGGCUGUCAACUAA